AUGCCUCCAGCGAAAUCCUCGGACGCGAAGACGAGCGCCUCGACUGUACGAGAGCGACAAAUAGCUGCUGCAGCCCAUGCCCGGAGCAUGAAGAAUGGUGCGCAGUCGCAUCAGAACGGUGUUGGAAGUAGUAGCCUCAGAGAGUUUGCGUUACUCUCGACAGACAAUAGUGCUGUGGCAGGAGCUGGUCAAGGUCCUGCACUUAAUUGGCCGAAGGAGUCCUUGGAACUCCUCAACACGUACCGAGUCUCGCACAACCUUUCAACGCCAGCCGCCUUUACGACGCCUUAUCGACAAGCCCUCUUAACGAAUCCUGGCAUUGGACGACAAUCGCCCACUAUGGCUCGCAAGAAAGACAAGAGACGGGUUGCAAAGGAUCAGUUGGCGUUGGCUGUACGGAAGAACUUUAAUGGAGCUGCUGUGAAUGAGAUCGAUGUUGUGGUGGACAUGGUGUACAAAGUGCGGAAUCAGGACAAGGUUUUUCGAAUGCGAUCGACGCCUGCUGGAGUAACGAAGAAGCAAUAA